ACAGCAAUGAAGAAGAAUUCAGCAGCUCUCAAUGUCAUCUGACUCUCAAGUUUUCUCUCACUACAAAACUAAGAGAAAAUAAAAUUACGAGAACAAAAAAAAAAAUUCAAUUCUACGCCUACAUAAACCCCACACACGCUCACCGCAAAAACAAAAGCUUUCCCGAUCCUUCCUCUCAGCUUCUUAGUCUCCUCUUUCAUCUCUCUUCUUCUUCAUCUAUCUCUUCACUCUGAGAAACAUAAACUUCUUCUUCUCUCUCUACUCUCACAGUUAUGGCUGAACCGUUGACUCAAGAGCAAAUUACAGAGUUCAAGGAAGCCUUUUGUCUCUUCGACAAAGAUGGAGAUGGGCGAAUCACUCUAGAGGAGCUAAAGACCGUGAUCGUAUCAUUAGGCCAAAAUCCAACCGAGGAAGAGCUGCACGAUAUGAUUAGUGAAGUUGAUGUAAAUGCUAAUGGUAGCAUUGAGUUUGGGGAAUUUCUGCAUUUAAUGGCAAGGAAAAUGCAGGAGACGGACGCUGAGGAAGAACUCCUGGAAGCGUUUAAAGUGUUCGAUAAGGAUCAAAAUGGAUAUAUUUCUGCAACUGAGCUAAGGCAUGUUAUGAUCAACCUCGGCGAAAAACUCACGGAUGAGGAGGUCGCCCAAAUGAUCAGGGAAGCCGAUAUGGACGGUGAUGGGCAAGUGAAUUUCGAAGAGUUUGUUAGGAUAAUGAUGGCUGCUUGAUCAAAAGGAUCAAAUAGCCUUAGCAAAUUUGGAAUCAUUCAUUCAUGGUGCUUCCUCAUGGUGAUGGUGGUGAUGUUUGGGUCCAUCAGCUCAGUUUACUUUUUAUUUGUUUGUUUGCAAAUUGUCCUAGGCUAACUCUUUCUUUUCCAAGGAUCAAAAGUACGUAAAUCUUUGUCAAUAUGUGAAUCAAUCAAUAAACUUUGCAAAACUACGUUCAUAUA